AUGUCUGUUGACCGAGGCUAUCUCAACCUCGUCAGCCAUCUCAACAGACACUCAACGAACCUCCCCCUCAACACUAUCCUCGGCUCCGUUGCUCAUCAUCUCGCCUACGUCCAACCGUCUGCCACACCACUCGCUGCGAUCGUCAUAAGCAGUCCGCUCUUCCACACGUCCUCGUAUGCGGACUUGGACGGGCUACUUACUGCUUUCCGUCAUGCUGUGCACCUCAAGAUCAAGGUAGUCUAUGACGAACCCUCAGGACUGUUUUCAAGAGGUCUGACAACUCGUGUCGCGGAAUGGGUCGCCGAGGUGCUCAAGGGCUUCCAGGGCGGACAUUCCGUCCUGAGGCUGGCAUGCUGCGCGGGCUUGCUCCAUGGAUUGGCCGACAGAGAGGCAGAUCUAAAGAUAAAGGAAAACUUUGCGGGACGAAGUGUGGAGGAAGAGCUCAUCAUCGCAUUGGCUGAGGUCGUUGAGUAUGCCUCUGCGGACCCCUGGGAGGCUGAGUUUAGAUUGACAGCCCAACGAGAAGAAGGUGAAUAUGCGCCGAACUAUCUCAUGUGUAUUCCGUCUCAGCGGAGACUCCUCCUAGAUGCGUUACCUGCAACGCUUGUCAUUGCGUCUCGCUCAUUGCCACUGGUCACACCGCACAGGCUGGGGGCACUUCCGCUCCUCGGCUUCUGCCGCGUACUGCAGUCCGCGUUCACUCAAGCCUUUCAGAAUGGGACGUUUAUUCAAGAACUACAACCCUCUGCCGUUAUCACCGAGGCAGGCAAGCUCUCCGUCGCCACCGAUUCGCAAUUCUCGGGAAAUGUCGGCGAAGUGUCGAAGGGGUUAUUGUUCGCGCAUAUGGCAACCCUUUCUGCGAUGUAUGCACAGGUCAUCUCUCUACUAGCAGACGGUCGGCCGUUAGACGCGUGGACGGCCAUCUCAGAGCUUAUGCGUGCACUGGUCCAACUAGCGACCGCUGCAGAAGAUGGGUGGGCAAGGCACCCCUUCGCAAGCAUCGACGAUGAAGAAACUUUCUCGCCCGAGACGAAAGAACUCGCAGUGAAGGUGUGGGCAAUCCUCAAGACCUUGCUGUUCACGUGCAUCCGCCUGUUACAACAAGUGCUCAACGUCGUUCUGUUUGUUUCUCCUCCACCCUCGCCCCUAAUAUCUUUGCCAGUCCCUCAUGGCUUGUCGAACACAUGGUCCCCUUCGCCGUUCGAGAUGGCACGCACAGCUUUGAAGACGCUGUCCCAUCUCUCUUUUAUACUUCCGCGCUUCGGGGGUGUCUCGUCGACGGCAUCUUCAGCGCUGCCCGAGCUGCUGAAAGCGUUCUACACAGCGCUUGACGUGCUAUCUACCUCGCCCGAUCAAAGUCGGCUGCUAGUUCGGACGCUGAAGCAAGAGGUGUAUUCGAUGGGACAAAAAGCUCUACCUGGCGGUCUCGUCAAAGCGAAAGAAGCGUACGCAUUAGCUUGUGUCGAGCAACUUGUGCCCGUACUUGAUGACAGGACCAUGAGAGAAGACGUAUGGCCGAUGUGUGAACCGCAUCUCAAUGACUCCCCACAUCGGGAGACAUACGAGUCUGCACAUAGCGUUAUGCUUGCCAUGUUCUCUGCACAUGCGAAGAAGCGGCGGGCUGGCGACGCGUCUACUAUCGUCGCUGCGCCGUUGCCUAUAACAGCAGCCACUCCACUAGAUGCUCCGGGUCUGAGCUCGGGGAUCGAUUCCAAAAGCUCAGGGAUUGCGGAGGAAGCACAGCUGCCGUUUGCGGAACAAGUCGUGCCAGCGUACGCAAAAUGCCUCAUUGAUAACUCGCACCCGGACAAGCUGAACACGGCCCAGCUGCGUAUGGCGUAUGGCGCGCUCGUCAGCUGUGCAUCCGUCUUCGGCUCAUCCCAACAUAAACUCGCGACAAGCAGCGAUGGGAAUAGAGGAGCGGAGGCGCGAACACCAGAAGGCGACGCGUACGCCUGGUUCUGCGUCGAGCUCUUGCUGGACGCGAUCAAUACCUACGCUGCGGGGGCACUUACGGAGCAGGAAAACGAACAUCGACAGAAGCUACUCUUGACACUGGUCUCGACUGUUCCAUCCGUUUCACUACGACUUCUUCCGCGACUACUCGCGGCAAUCCUCAAAUUACUGGAAAGCCCAGCAGCGUCUAAGUCGUAUUCACCCGACGCCGCGGCUGACAAAGACCGAUCUUGGGGCCAGAAGGACGGCAGAAAAGAUAUUAUAAAGGCUUUCUUCGAGGAGUUGCUCAACGUGGGGGAUGAGGAGAAGGAGCAUGCUCUGUGGUGGUGGGGCGAGCACAAAGAGAGGCUCGCGGAUGGAGUAGAGGGGCAACCAAGAGAAAUGGACAUUGGAAGCGCAGACUCUGACAAGGAGCCUGAGAUUUUUGCACAGACGGUGGGGAAGGGGAAGGCGCGACAGAUCGCAGCACGACUGUGA